GGUGUGCUGGCUGACUUCGCCCCUACCACGCCGCCCCUGGUGCCUGCGCUGGUGGUGCAGUGUGUGACUGAGGUGGAAAGACGAGGCUUGACAGAGACAGGGCUGUACCGGGUGCCAGGCACAGAGCAGCUGGUGCGGGAGUGGAAGCGGAGGCUGCUGCGGGCUGGGGGCACGCUGCCCGCCCUCGGUACCGUGGCUGACAUCCAUGUGGUGUGCGGGGUGCUCAAGGACUUCUUACGGGGGCUCAAGGAGCCGCUGGUCACCUUCAGCCUCCACCCUGCCUUCCUGCAGGCUGCUGACAUCCCGGACGAUGCUGCCUGUGGCACGGCCCUGCGCCACGUGGUGAGCAAGCUGCCCCCGGCCAACAGGGACACCCUGGCCUUCCUCAUGCUGCACCUGCUCAGGGUGUCGUGCAGCCCCGACUGCAAGAUGGAUGUCUUCAACCUGUCCCGUGUGUUUGGUCCCACGCUGGUGGGACACGGCUCGGCCAACCCCACGCCGCUCGCCAUCAUGGAGGACACACCACGGCAGUGCAAGGUGGUGGCUCGGCUCCUCUCACUGCCACCUGACUUCUGGAGAGGCUUCGUGGAGACAGAGCAGGAGAACCUGGUGCCGACACCAGCCCCGGGGGGCCAACAUGAGCCGUUCUUCCACCCCGUCGCCUCCCCGGAGCCCAAGGUGGGCCAGCUGAGCCCAGCCGGCGCCUGCUGCCUCCCCAGCACCCUGCGGAGCUGCCUGGUCCCUGGGCUGCAAGAGAAGCAGCAGUAUGCGAGGCUGAUGCUCACCAGCUUUAAUAUCUGUCUGGAGUAG